AUGAAUGCAGCUUCCAGUGUCGCAGUCUUCUGGGAUUAUGAGAACUGCGCCCUACCGGCAACCGAGCCAUCCUACAUGAUAGUCAACAAGAUACGCCGGCUCGCGCACCAGUAUGGCAGCGUCAAGACAUUCAAGGCCUAUCUGGAGUAUCCAGAGCAAACAACGCUCAAGUCGAUAGCUCUACGUUCAGAACUACAAUCCUGUGGCGUCUCCCUCAUCGACUGCCCUCAUAAUGGACGGAAGGAUGUUGCAGACAAGAUGAUGAUGAUCGACAUGAUGGCGUGGGCCAUCGACAACCCCGCGCCAGCCACGAUCAUCCUCAUCUCGGGAGAUCGAGAUUUUGUCUACGCCGUCUCUAUUCUCAGCCUCAGACAAUACAGGAUAGUGCUGCUCGCGCCCAGGAGCGCGCACGGUAGUCUGAAGGGCCAGGCCGACGUCGUGUUCAACUGGCCG